GUUUCCAAAGCUCCCGCCAGCGGCCGCUUGCUCGGCUGGCCACAGGUGCAGCUGAAGCUGUGCGGAGAGGAGUGGACUUGUCCAGCCGCCCAGCCGAGCUGUUGCUGGGAGUCCCGCCAGCCCAGAGGAAAGCUGUACCUGCACCUGCAGGCGGCCUCUGAUCUGACGGCCGAGAGCUUUUUCGCGGUGGCGAAGGUGGGGAAGCAGAAGCGCCGCUCUGAGACGGCCAAGGGGGCCUGGAAGGGUGGUGAGACCAUCUCCUUUUACGUCGAUGACUCUGAACAAAGUUUGCGCCUCGACGUCUUCAGUGCCGGCAGCCUUUGGCGCCGUGCCCUGGGCUUUGUGGACAUCAAGGUGAAGUCGAUACAGCCAGGCAGCUGGCGCUCGCGAUCAGAGCGGCUUUGGGGUGCAGAUGCGGGUGUGCUUCAGUUUGAAGUGCGCUAUGAGCCGACAGCAACUCUGAAUCAAAGGAACGCGCAUGACUUCUUUGUAUUUGACUACAGCCAGAAGCUGGUCGUCAACUUGAGAGGCCUGGGCUCCUGGGGAUUGCCAACAACUCUGGCCUCAUCCCAGCCACGGCUUGCCUCAGACUUGGCAGGAUCCCCUGGCACUCUGCAGAUGAGCCUCUACACUGAUGAAGAGAAGGCAAAGGCAUCCGAGUCUGUGACUUUGCACGUGGACUGGCUGGAGAUUGUCUCAGAUCCGGUGAUGGACUCGUGUGACAACUGCCUCAUCGAGUGCCACAUUGACGAGGUCUUUGCCCCAGGCUCCUACAAACUGGACUCCCUGGCGGUGCUCGCACGUGUCGGGGAUGUGGAGCGCAGGACGGCGCUGACCCAGCGGAAGGAGGGAAAGUCGCCAAGUGAAAGCCAGGAGCACGAAUUCGAGGUCGAGACCAUACUCCGCUUGCCCGUGACACACGUCGCGGUCGAGACGGACAGCCUGGAAAUUUCAGCUGUGAACAGAAGAGGCCAAGUCUUCGCGUCCUACUGGCUCUCUUUGCGCUCCCUCAUGAAGCAGAAGUGCUCCUUUGUGCAGUCAAAUCUGAAGCUGGAGGGUCCAAACAUGACGCUGCACACGCAGGUCUCUGUCAGCCUCAAGGGCUUGCGCAGCACCAAGCUGAGCCGGUCGGAGGCAGACACGAAUGCAUCGCCCGACGCUGGCUCGCCCCUGACGCACUUUCCAAGCCAGACGUCUGCUUUCCAACUGGACUGGAUCAACCAAGUCUAUCGAAAGCUGCACCCAAAGAUCAUGACCAUUGUCGCGCGGCAGAUGGAGGAUCCCUUUGGCGCCUUCACCCAGUCGCUCCGGCUCAAGAUGCCCUUGCCAUUGAAGGACAUUCACUUUAGCCACUUUUUGCUGGGCACCACGCCGCCCGAGUUCGGGCCCUUUGAGGUCUCCGAGUGGCUGAGCCCUCGGGAUGGCGCCAUGGGCGUUGAGCUGCAGGUGGGCUUCUUUCUGGACACCGAGGCCAACAUUGAGUUGAAAGUGCGUGGCGCCACCUUGGGAGUGAACCGGAUUCGGUUGAAGGGGGACCUACUGAUUCGCCUGGAGCCAUUGAUCGAGGAGCUGCCUGUGGUGGGUGGUGUGGUUGUUUGCUUCCUGAACCAGCCAGAUCUCGAGUUCCACUACACUGGCCUUGCGCAGCGUGUGGACGCCACCGUUUUGCGAGCGAGACUGCAGCGGCUCAUCAACUCAGCUGUGGCGAGCUCUUUGGUAUUGCCUCAUGUGAUUGCCGUGCCCAUUGGCACAGAGGAGCAGAAUGUGGACCGAGCUCUUUUGGGUGAUCCAGAGCCUGUAGGCGUGCUUCGGGUCUGGGCGCUGCGUGCCGCGGGGCUGCCCAGCAGCUGGCCCCUGGGCAGUCGCUCGCGCAGUCCGUACAUGAGCUUGUCACUUGCUGGCGAAGAGUGGCAGAGCUCCGUGGUGUUCCACUCCACCAGCCCUGAGUGGGACGAGAUGCACGAAUUUUUAGUAUUUGACAAGAGGCAGGAGCUGGCUAUCGAAGUAGUUGACACCAACUCUCUCUUCUUGCGCACCGUGAUUGGGGCGGCCCAGCCAUUGGCAGUGAGUUCGGCAGAGUCGCAGUCAGAGAGGCCCAUCAAGCUCUUUGAGUGCAACGAUGACGAGGAGUCCAUGUCCUCCGCGCCUGCUGGUACAGCAUACCUGCGCUUCGAAUGGCUGAACUUCGUGAGGCCAGGGCGACGGGGGCCUGAUGCUCGGAGCCUGCUGCGGGUGAAGUUCGACGAAGUCUGCGUGCCAGCCGACCUUCUAGACGUGCAAAAGGCGAGUGUCCUGGACCCAAUUUGUUUGCAGAUGAUCGCCAAAGUGGGGCAGAUGGACAAGCGGACGCCUGCCGUGGCCUGGUUUCCGAGCUGCCAGCAUGAUGAGGCGCACGCGGCAUCCGAUCUCAGUGUGGGUCCAACCAUCGAGGCGGACAUUGAACACACGUUGUUCCUCCUCAUCAACGCAGUGGACCUGGAGGUCGGGGUGCUCGAGCUUGAGCUGCUCGAUGGCAAGGAGAAAUCCCUGGGCAAUGCCCACAUCAACUUGUCAGACGUGGCGGUGGCGGGCCAGCUGGCGUGGAAUGAACAAAAGCCACACACAAGGCUGCAGCUUUGUCGUGGCACAGGCAAGCCCUGCCUGCUUGACGUGGAGGUGUCUGUGCAAGGCCUGCGAUCUGCCCGCGAGUGUGCCUCUCCGGGUUGAUGUGAGAGCAUAUGAAUUGUGUAAGCUGUGUCUUCUCUCUCCCAGCAAAUGGAGUGAUGGAAUCUGCGAGUCACUUGCCUGACUCGGGCUGGUCCACUCGAAAGCUCCGCAGUUUGUUUGGUUGACCAUAGCUUCUUAGAGGCAGUGCUUUGGCAACACGCAGGGU